AGAACAUAGACAGGGAGGGUGUAUGUGUGGGGUGGAGGGUGGAGGGUGUGGUGGAGGGGGGGCAGACAGAAGUCUACCUGUUUCAGACAGUGAAGAGAGAGCGUGAUAAGGAAGAGCAAUGCUCAGUGAGUGGUUUUGGUGGGAUCGUUUGUGGUUGCCUGUGAAUGUCACAUGGGCAGAUCUGGAGGAUAAAGAGGACCAGGUUUAUGCUCAUGUCUCUCAUCUGUAUAUGAUUUUACCCUUUACUGUUCUGCUGCUGGGCCUCAGAGUCCUGUUUGAGAGACUUAUUGCUCCACCCAUCGCUGCAGCCCUCGGGGUGAAAGACAAAGUCCAUCGGAGAGCCUCCAAUAAUCCCACACUGGAACAGUACUAUAACACACACUCUAAACAUCCAACAAAGCUUUGUGUUAGAGGACUCAGUAAGAAGGUGAGCUGGUCAGAACGUCAGGUUGAACGAUGGUUUUGCAGACGGAGGAAUCAGGACAGACCUGGAGUACUGAAGAGGUUUAGAGAAGCCAGCUGGAGGUUUGUGUUUUAUCUCUGUGCCUUUCUCGGUGGUCUCGUGGCUUUAUAUGAUAAACCCUGGUUUUAUGAUUUACAUGAAGUGUGGGCGGACUUUCCCAAGCAGACCCUGCUGGACUCGCAGUACUGGUAUUACAUGAUUGAGAUGAGUUUUUACAGCUCCCUGUUAUUCAGUGUGGCUGUGGACGUCAAACGAAAGGAUUUUAAAGAGCAGUUGGUUCAUCACUGGGCCACUUUAACACUGCUGACCUUCUCCUGGUGUGCAAAUUACAUCCGUAUCGGGACUCUGGUCAUGCUGGUGCACGACGCUGCAGAUCUUUUUUUAGAGUCGGGGAAGGUGUUUAAUUACGCCGGAUGGUUGCGAACCUGUAACACCAUCUUCAUCCUCUUCAUGGUGGUCUUCAUGGUCACCAGGCUGAUCAUCUUCCCAUUCUGGUUGAUCCACUGCAGCUGGUUUUAUCCUCUGGAACAGUUUCAGCCGUUUUUUGGUUAUUAUUUCUUCAAUGCCGUGCUGGUGAUCCUGCUGCUGCUUCACGUCUUCUGGGCGUCGCUCAUCCUGCGCAUGGUCAUUAAACUCAUGUCUGGCGAAAUGAAAGGUGAUGAAAGAAGUGAUGAGGAAGAGGAGGAGGAGAGUCAGGAUGAAGUACAACACCACAACCAUACACACUGUGACUCUGCUGAAGGACCUCUGGCUAACGGUCACUGACUCAGAACAGGACGCUUGGACUAUGAGGACACGUGAGGACGUCGAUGCAGCUUUAUGUCCAUAUUGGGCUACAAAAACUUUCACUUCCUGACCGAGAGUUUCAGAGACAUUUAAUUUUCAGAUGUUUAUGUUUUUUCAGAAAAGGUUUAAAACUCAGAAGAGUUAAAGAAUCAUCUCGUCACAGUGGAACUGGAUCAUGGAUCUGGAUCAUCUGGGAUUCACUGUGAGGAGACGUUUCUUUAUCGAUGUUAUGUCAUGGCAAAACUUUCAUUUAAGGUUCAGUAAUAAAUUAUUUAUAAUCAUAUUCUCUGUAGUUUAUUAACAGUCUAAGUGUCUAAAGUAACUCAAUAAAAAUCAUUAUGAACUAAUAAAUAUUUAAGAUUUA